GACAUGUUGAGCCGAGUCGUAGAGUUAACCUUGCAGUGUCGUCAAGAUGGACUUCGAUCCCCUCGAGCUUUUCACGCCAACAUCUAGCUCGUUCACAACUUCAAUAUCUAAAAUUGACACUAGUUCCAACCACUUGAAUUCGGCACGCCUCGUGGCUUCUAGUGACAAAUCACGACCAGACGAGAAAUGCGGUGCUGACGAAGAUGAGCAUAUCGAUGAAGAAGAUGGGUUCUUGCCGAUUCAUAUUCACGACUUACCUCUUCUACGAUGUCUUCCCCCACUGAAAGUUCUCAUUUCUUUUUUGAGGCUACUUUCCCCUGAAACAAGCCUUAAUUUUGCACCUAUCAGCCACACGCACAGGGAGGAUACCCGAAGGAUUGAUCCUCUGCUUGUGCUUGCAAAAAAGAAUGUCGAUAUGGACGUGGAUGCAUGGUUGUGGCUCCAGAAGUUUUGCCCGAGGUUUGGCACGGAGACCAGACUUGCGGACUUACCGCUUUUGGCCGAUUCGUUGAAGAAAACUUUCUCCUCGCAGUACAAUGCAUGGCUUACACAACUCAUUUCAUGUGAGUUUGCAUGGAUCUCUCAGGAUGAAUCGACUGAAAUCCAGACCUUGGCUGCCUUAAGAAUCGCUGAAAACUGUGGCCGCACGGCGCAACCGGAGAUGCUAAGGGCCAUCGAAAUCCCAAUGCUCCCCACAAAACUCUUGUUAAAAGAACCGUCUCUCACAUCAGACAAUUUGGGCCUCAAGACUUGGGGCUCUUCUUUUGUUUUAGGCAGUAGACUUGCACUGCAGACUCAUAAAGAAUAUCUCUUGGAUCCUGUGCUUGAGCUUGGGGCAGGCACAGGUUUGGUGGGUAUGGUGGCCUGUUGCCUAGGUCAUACGACAAUGCUUACGGACCUUGCGGAAAUUGUGCCAAAUUUGCAAAACAACAUAGAGCUGAAUGGAAUUGAAAACGCUCGGGUGGCCGAGCUUGACUGGAGUAACCCAAAGAGCUUUCUCCAAAGAUUUGGGAACGUCAAAUACUCGACAAUCAUUUUGUCGGAUCCGCUCUAUUCGUCACACCACCCUCAAUGGAUUGUGAACAUGCUUAAUUUAUUUCUUAGUCAAGAGAAAGAUUCACGCGUGCUAUUGCAAGUACCUGUUAGAAGGACUUUCGAGAAGGAAAGAGCCUCUUUAUGGCGUUUGAUGGAGGAGAACGGAUAUUUGGCGGCGGAGGAGUGUGAGGAGCUUGGGUACGAUGAUUUCGGCGAGUCCUCGUUCAUAUUCAAGAAGUAUAUUAGGGCGGAUUGAGUAAAAGUUUGGGCAGAAACUGCGUAUAUUCUAUAUUGUUCAUUUGUGUCGUCUCACUUUACUACAAAAAGUUCUUCAACUUCCGCAAUUUCUUUGCAGCGUCUUGCAAAAUCUCAUCAUCUUUGCAAACAGCAAAUCUAACAGAGUUCUCUAAGGGGCUUCCUUUCCUAGUGCCUGGUUGGAGAAAUUCGGUGGGCGGAAUACCAACCACACCAAUUUCCUUAAUCAACCAGUAGACCAACUUGUAGUCAUUUGUUCC